AUGACAUAUAUUGUCUCAGCAAAAGACAAGGAAGAAGAUAAAGUAUAUAUAUAUGUGAAGUACACAAUAGAGAUACCAAAGUUAAAUCAGAAUAUUUCAAAGAGAAUAAAAAUAUACAAAAACAGAUAUGAUUAUGAUUAUGAACGUACGAUAAAAUACCUUCGUAAGAAAGGAGAUAUUAUAGAACAUAUCAAUAAGAUUAGAGACUUUGAUAGUGAAAUAAGAGAAGAGAAAGAAAGGCCAUUAAAGGAAGUGAAAGAAAGGGCAAUAAUAAUGGAAGAAAAAGCGAUAAUAAAAUCAGAGAAGCCAAUAUUAAUAGAAGAGAAGCCAAUAGUAAAGGAAGAAGAAAUUGAUUUGAGUGUUGAAGAUUGGAUGAUUAAGGAAGAGGAAAUUGAUUUAAGUGUUGAAGAUUGGAUGAUUAAGGAAAAAGAGAAAGUUUUAAGUGUUGAAGAUUGGAUGAUUAAGGAAGAAGAAGAAGAUUUUAGUCAGAUUGAAAUGUCGCAGUUGAAGCAAAUCAUAAAAGAUAAAGAAAAGGAGUUUACAGUCAGAAGAAAAGCUUAUGAGAAAGUGAAGAAAUAUGUAGAAAUUCUAGAGAACAUUACAGAGUCUACAACAGGGAAGAAAGCACUUCAAGAGAUAAAAUAUGUUCUUUCAGAAUAUAUGCGAUAUGCAGAAGACAUAAGAAAUGCUAGAGAAAUCUAA